GGUCUUUAAUGGUUCCUCAAGUGGUUGAGAUUCUUCUAUCUUUUCUUCUAUUUUCAGACCCAGAUCUCGGUUUUUCCCACCCACUAUUGCUGCUUCUGUAAAUUUUUCUAUUUUGUAUUAAUUAUUGGCUUGUUAAUUUCUUUCUAGAACCGGGUCCUUUCCAUUUUAUUUAUUUUAUUUUUUUGCUGUUUUGCUUCUCUGCUUUCUCUUUAAUGGAUUCCAAAAUUUGUUAAAGAAGAGAACUUGUUCUGGGUUUGCAUUUGCCUAGUGCUACAGGGAAUGCCUAGUUUUGUAUUCUGCCAUAGCUUUUGGUACUUAUUUGUUGUUUGUAGUUGAAGAAUUACUAAGAUUCAUCCAAAUGUACUGAACUCUGUAGUAUCCCUUGGCAAAAAUUCAUAAACAAUUGGUAGAUCUGACUGAAUACUGUUCUCAAAGGACAUCCCAAAUACCAUAUUUGAAAUACAUAGGUUUUGACUAUCCUCAAUUCCUUUUACACAUCCCCUUGUCCAAAGAGUAAUGUUUCUCUCUUGAUCUUCUCUCUCUCUGCUUAUAUCCCAUUUAUUGCAUUACUCCUGGUCUCAUAUUCUUUCUUGUACAGGACUUUGUCCAUAUUCUUUCUUUGGUUCUCUGGUAUAAUCUCCAAACUGGUCUUAGUUACACUGUGUAAGCCUCGCACAUAUGCCUUGCUUUCCAUUUUUGCUUUUCUGUUGAAUGAUUAAAUUAACUUGGGCAGAUUGUCUGGUUCAUUGGGAAAUUAACAUAAAGAUUUCCUAGGAUUUGAGCUUUUCCAUCCUGAAAGAGUUAUGCUUUUAAUUGACAGUGUGAUAAGUUGGAUGCAGGUGUUCUCGGCUAGCACCAUGAUAAAGCAAAUUCUUAGGAAAUUGCCGAAGAAGGUGCCAAAGUCUGAAUCAUCAGAUUCUGCAAGGAGUGAAUCUGGCAAUACUACCAGUUUUGGGAAUGUUUUUCAGUGUACAAAUGUUGGAAGUACCAUUUCAAGCAAAUUAAAUGUUGUGAAGCGGGUAUCUUCAGUUGUUUUCCCUGCAAGCUUGAGUGCUGGAGUAGAAGCAGUUGACCCUUGUUUAUCCUUCAAAGAUGUUUCAAAUACACAGAAGCAAAGCCUGUUUAUUAGUAAGUUGAAUCUUUGCUGCAAAGUUUAUGAUAUGAGUGAUCCUGAUAAGAACACAGCAGAGCAAGAUCUGAAACGUCAAACAUUAGUAGAGCUUGUUGAUUUUGUUUCUUCUGGAACUGUAAAGUUCACAGAACCAGCAAUUGCCGCAUUGUGUAAAAUGUGUGCAAUUAAUUUGUUCAGGGUUUUCCCCCCAAAGUUUCGUACGAGUACUGUUGGUGGAGAAACAGAAGAUGAAGAGCCUAUGUUUGAUCCUGCCUGGUCUCACCUGCAAAUUGUUUAUGAUCUACUCCUUCAAUUCAUCAAUUAUAACUCUCUUGAUGUGAAGUUGGCAAAAGUGCAUAUAGAUAAUGCGUUUAUUUUGAAACUACUUGACCUUUUUGAUUCUGAGGACCCUAGAGAGAGAGAUUGCUUGAAAACAAUUCUGCAUAGAAUCUAUGGGAAAUUCAUGGUUCACAGGCCUUUUAUUCGGAAAUCUGUUAGUAAUAUCAUCUACCGGUUUGUCUUCGAGACUGAGCGGCAUAAUGGAAUUGCUGAGCUGUUGGAGAUUUUUGGGAGUGUGAUUAGUGGGUUUGCCUUGCCAUUGAAGGAAGAGCACAAAGUAUUUUUGUGGAAGGCUUUAAUUCCUUUGCACAAGCCUAAAUCUGUUGGUAUUUAUCAUCAGCAGCUAACAUAUUGUGUUGUACAGUUCAUAGAUAAGGAUCAAAAACUGGCUAGCUCUGUGAUAAAGGGACUAUUAAAGUACUGGCCCGUGACAAGUAGCCAAAAGGAGCUAAUGUUCAUAAGUGAGUUGGAAGAGAUUUUGGAAAUGACUAGCAUGGCUGAAUUUCAGAAGAUUAUGGUUCCACUGUUCCGACGGAUGGGUUGCUGCCUUAAUAGUUCUCAUUAUCAGGUGGCCGAAAGAGCUCAUUUGCUAUGGAACAAUGAGCAUAUCCUUAAUCUUAUCACGCACAACCGGCAGGUGAUUCUGCCUCUUGUCUUCUCAGCGCUUGUACAUAACACACAAAACCACUGGAAUCAAGCAGUGCUCAACUUGACUCAGAACAUCAAGAAGAUGCUGUCUCAGAUGGAUGAGGAUCUGGUACUUGCUUGCCAACGCAAGAUUGAGGAAGAAGAUUCAAGGUCAAGUGCUGCAGCUGAGAGGAGAAGAAUAACAUGGGAACGCCUAGAAGCUGCUGCCAGUGACCAAUCUGUAGGUGGUGAUAUUUUAGUUCCAGUAAAAUCUGCUACAUGCUCUGUGGCCUGCUAAUUGGUUUGAGUAAUGAUGUAUGGUUCUAAUUACAUAGUGGUGUGGAUCUUCAGUUUUAUUGGCCAUGUUAAGAUGCCAUUGCCAAUAGGGUAUGCAUAUCACCUAGUAUAUUAUAUACCUUCAAAUUGUGCUGAAGGGUGUUGCUUAGGUUCUUUCACAAAACUGCUGAGUAGUGGGUGAUAUUUUACUUUGUUUGGAGGAAUAGGGGGUGGGGGGUGUUUGUGUGUGUCGGUGGCUUAUUCGUGCAUGCAAUUAUUUGCAGGGUCAGCACCCGUAACCUUCACUCUUUUAUUCAGUUUUCUUACCUCAUGGCCCCCACCUUAGCCCCUUACCUUGCCCAUCUGCAACACUGUGUACCUGAAUGCUGUGUCAUUGCUGGUUUUGCUACACUCAUUGGUUAUAUGCUACGUGGAUGUCUAAGCAUCUCUAUCUUCUCCCACCAAGUGAAAAAUUACGUGUAUGUUCAUUCCUUGAAUUCCUGGUCUAUUUUUACCUGCUCCUGUCAGGUUUUAGUACCUUUUUUUUUGUUUUUCAACGGAUUUUCAGACUAUUAAAAGAUAUAGAAAGAGGGAUGAAUAUAUGGCUAAAAACA